GUGGGUGUUCUCUGCCUCUUGUUUGUGUAGGUAGGAGUUGGCCAUGUCCGAGCGGAAGAUGCAUAGAAGGAGUCAGGCCAACUUGAAAGAGCGAGUAAGAGAGAGAAACAUGAGAAGGACAGGGCUGGGGAAAGCCUAUGAGCCGUUGUCUGCAGGUGCAAAUGGCGAAAGCAGGCACAGUGUGCAUCUGAAGAGCAUCCUAGCCAACAACAGAGCUCUAGCCCGGGCUUUGCAGGAGGAGAAGCUCAAAGUGAGACGAGCUCGAGAUGCCUUUCUGUGUUUGAAGAGGGAGAAUGAAUGCCUGAAGUUUGAGUUCUUUUAUUUAACAAUGCUGCUUCAAUCAUGGCAAAUGUGGGCACCUGCUGAGAGUGCGAGAACGUUUCCUCCAGUGCCUCUAAUGAUUCCUGUUGUCACUGGACAGGACCAUUGUGUGGGAGUUCCACGACAUAAUGUGGAACAUGAAGAAUUCCCUGAGAGUGAGAUGAAAGCCACAGCAGAUGACAAUAGGCCAGCUGGCUGCUUUUCAAAGGACUUCUGUGAAUCUGCCAGUGCUGAUGCUGUAAAGGAAACAGACCCAGAGUGUGGAGUCGUAGAGGAGAUGCGUUUGCAGAUGAAUAUUAUCUGACAGCUCCAAUUUUCCAGCAGAAAAAAAGACUUUCUUGAAAUAAAGGAGAAAUGUUUUCAUUAUCA